UAGAACUUUGAAUCUUAGCCAUCAAUAACAAUUCACUCUUCAACGACAUUGUCAACAUCUUUUGCUAUUUUUAUACUAUCGCACUUCCCAUUACUUCUACGCGAAAAUUAAUACGUACUUUCGCGACAAGAUUGUGGCGUCUCCAGUUACAUUCAGUUCAUUUACCUUGUAGACUGACGUCGUCACCGGACGAGGGUAGCGAACUUAGCGGGGCGGCGAUCUCAACAUAUUUUUCUACCAAACUUACAAUCUCUCACAUUUACAUUUUACAUAUCCAAAGACCGAGUUAUCUACCCCAUCGCGACAAAGAUGGAGUCGGAGGGACAUCUAAAGAGGAAAGACACCACCAAAGGUCCUCCGUUGAGGAUUCUUAGCUUGGAUGGUGGAGGAGUCCGUGGCUACUCUAUGUUUAUUAUUAUACAAGAAAUAAUGCUUCGAACCUACGUUGAAAUCGAAGGGAAAGCACCAAAACGCGAUCAAAUCCCGAAGCCAUGUGAUCAUUUCGAUUUAAUAGUUGGAACCGGCACCGGCGGCCUAAUCGCCUUGAUGUUAGGGCGACUUCGACUGAACCUAGAGCAGUGCAAAGAACUGUAUGUUCGGAUGACCAGGAUGGUUUUCGAGAGCGACAAGACUUUUGCUGGUAUACCAUAUCGCUCGACAUUAUUUAAGGCGUCUAUGCUUGAGCGCGCGAUCAAGGAAGCCGUAAGGGAACACACUUGGUCUGACGAUGAAGGGAAUGACUUCGGAGCGGAUAUUGUCAGCCCGAUAUCUGCGGUGUCGCGGACAAGCGCUGCCUCGAGCGGUUUCCCGCGACGACACCAAAGCAACGCGAGCGUCAUGAGUUUCAGUGGACGUAGCCCAGCGAGCCAGGCCAAAUCAACAUUCCGCGGUGGACAGGGUAACCCUGAUGCACAAUUAUAUGAUACGAGAGAAAACAGGACAAAGACUGCUGUAACGGCCAUGUAUAAAGGAACAGUUAGGGGCGGUGCUCCUGCGCUCCUCCGUUCAUAUGACUCGAGAAAAGAGCCUGCCCCAGAAUACGACUGCACAAUUUGGGAGGCUGGUCGGGCAACAUGCGCGAUUGGGUUGGCGUUCAAGCCAGUUAAAAUUGGGCAAACGGUAUUUCAUGACGAUGGUUCUGGGACUUUUAACCCAUCUCCUGUUGCCCUCGAUGAGGCUACGGUUAACGAAUGGCCGGGACGUGAUGUGGGCGUCUUCAUCAGCAUAGGAACCGGGAAACGGCCAAAGGGUACGGAGCAAAAUUCGCACCUGUGGUACGAAGGGUUUAUGGGCGAGUGGGGAGAAGCAAGAAGGAAGUUAAUUUCCAAGGUGGAAGGCUGCGAAAAGAUUCACGAGCGCAUGAAGAAUGAAUUAUUGAUGAAAAGGGGCGUCAAUAUUGAGAAUUACUAUCGAUUUAAUGUCGAAGUCGGCGUUGGAGAGUUCGCGAUGAACGAGUGGGAUCGAUUAGGCGAUAUCAGCACGGGCACAAAGAGAUAUCUAUCUAGAGAUGCCGAGCAGAGAAUGGUGCAGGAAUCCUCGACAAAAUUGGCAAAGAUUCACAAAGCAAAGCAAAGGUAUGAGAGGCUUGGUCGCAUACCUGACAUCGUGUCACAGCCGACUAUGGGAUCAAUAAAUGCACCAUUAGCGGUUGAGCUUCCAGGAGAUUUCCCUACAUCAUUCCAAGUCCGAAGCAGUCCGUCGAGUCGACAAUCAUACGAGUCGGGCAUAGACAACCUCGACCACCUUUCACUCGGUCCCGCCAACCCGCCAUCGCCUCGUAGUUCCGAUGAUCGUUUCCGACCUGCAACCAGCCAUUCAUCUCCACCUCAAAUAACUACCCGCCCGCAUAAGGCGCCGUCCCCUCCUGCCUCAUUAUCGGCAGUCAGACCUCCCCCGGAUGACGAGCCGGACCGUCUCGUGGUGACAGCUCCUACGCCAGCACAGUACCGGAAUGCUGCUGGUAGUGAUAAAAUAGCGAUCAUGGGAGCUGACGAGUACCCACGAAGGCAAAGGGAUCCUAUUGCACAGCCUAUGAUAAAACCAUACCAGCCGCACCGCAUCGAGCCACCCCCUCUACCUCCCAAGACUCCGCUGCCCGAAAGGCAGAUCCCAGGUAGCCGACGUCCUACCAGAACCGAGAGUCCCCUGCCGCCAUACCCUGAUGAAGACGGCCCCCCGCCAGUAGUAAACAUGGCGAGAAAACCGGAUUAUAGGGGUAGAUGAUCGCCUAACCGAUCAUUAUACAAAAUUGCAGUUCAGGAGCUACGACGCGGUUCGACCUAGAAUGGUCUACCCGCCCAACUAACUUUCUUACGGUCCGGCGUCUGUUGGGGUGUUUAUAAAUAGGCAAGAGGCCUUGGCUUGGACGAUUGAUGAUACCAU